UCUGAAUUCUUACUAAGAAGCUGGAAAUAUUCGUUUGGAGGCUUUGCGGGCCCCACUUCUCAUUUCAAACUAUAAAACGACCAAUUCCGCCGUCGGUGUUGGGACAGAGGGACAUCACCGGAGGGAAACGCCUUCAAGCCAUUUCCUCAGUCGCCGGUGACAUUAACCAUUGGAAGUUCUUGUUCUGUUCAAAACCAGAGCACUAAACCCACUAUGAUCGCCAGAAACCAGAGCUCUGUUAUUGCUCUCUGAUUCAAUCUCGUUUGGUCAACGCAUCCAUAUCGAAACACAAUCGAUUUUGUUGCUAGAAGAGCACCUCGAGCUUUCAUUGAACCAGCCUGUCUUUCGGAAAAUGUUUCCGGAUUUGUAGAGGUGUGGCUGUCGGUCUCUAAAUGCGGUGAGUAAGAUGGCUGAUAAUCAUGAAAUUUUGGAUCCUCUGAUACAUGGAAAUCAGGUCGAUCAAUGGUGUGCUUCAGGGUCAACCUCGGAUUCUCCCUCGCCGGAGGAUUUAUUUCCCGGCGAAAAUUCCCCUGUGGAGCAAGUUGCCCUUACAGUACCGGUCACUGACGAUACCUCGCUUCCGACGUUCACUUUCAGGACCUGGUUAUUGGGAACAAUCGCGUGUAUGCUUCUCUCCUUCCUCAAUCAGUUCUUCUACUAUCGGAAAGAGCCUCUUUCAGUGACCUCAAUUUCCGCCCAAAUCGCGGUGGUUCCGAUUGGCCAUCUCCUGGCUUCUGCCCUAACUAACAGAGUAUUCUUUGAAGGGAAGAAAUGGAAGUUCACUCUCAAUCCAGGACCCUUCAAUCAGAAGGAGCACGUCCUCAUCACCAUCUUCGCGAACUCCGGCGCCUCCACCGUCUACGCGAUUCAUGUCGUCAGCGCAAUCAAGAUCUUCUACAAGAAGGAACUAACCUUCUUUGUGGCAUUGCUUGUUGUAUUGACUACGCAGGUGCUCGGUUUUGGCUGGGCCGGGAUUUUCCGUCGAUACUUGGUCGAGCCGGCCGCCAUGUGGUGGCCGCAAAAUCUGGUUCAAGUUUCCCUCUUCAGGGCAUUACACGAGAAAGAAGAGAGACCAAAAGGGAAAUUAAGUAGAAAUCAGUUCUUUGUCAUUGCUUUCACUUGCAGCUUUGCUUAUUACGUCUUCCCUGGCUAUCUCUUUCCCAUGUUGACAUCAAUGUCCUGGCUCUGUUGGGCGUUUCCCACAUCCAUAAUAGCUCAGCAGCUCGGUUCAGGGCUGCGAGGCUUAGGCAUUGGUGCCUUUGGUUUCGAUUGGUCCACCAUAUCAGCUUAUCUUGGGAGCCCUCUUGCCAGUCCAUGGUUUGCCACUGCCAACAUUGCUGCUGGUUUUGCCAUUGUCACUUACGUCGUGACUCCAUUAGCAUAUUGGCUAGAUCUCUUUGAUGCUAAGACAUUCCCCAUUUUUUCUGAUGGGCUGUUCACCUCUGCUGGCCAAAAAUACAAUAUCUCUGCAAUAAUUGACCCCAACUUUCGUCUUGAUGUCGAUGCUUAUAACCGCGAAGGGCCACUCCGAAUUAGUACCUUCUUUGCUCUCUACUAUGGUGUCAACUUUGCCUGUCUUGCUGCCACUGUUGUUCAUGUCUUACUUUUCCAUGGGAGAGAUAUAUGGCGAUUAAGCAAGUCAGCCUUGCAAGAGAAGCUAAUGGAUGUGCAUACAAAGCUGAUGAGAAAGUAUGAUCAAGUUCCCGAAUGGUGGUUCAUGAGCAUCCUUGUAGUUAACAUUUCAGCCACCAUUUUCAUAUGCGAGUACUACAACAACCAGCUCCAAUUGCCAUGGUGGGGCGUGCUGCUCGCUUGCAGUCUUGCUGUGUUUUUCACCCUCCCGGUUGGAGUUAUUGCUGCUUUGACAAAUCAGGCCCCAUCCUUAAACGUAAUCACUGAAUUCAUUAUCGGUUACUUGUAUCCUGGCUACCCUGUUGCUAAUAUGUGCUUUAAAGUUUAUGGAUACAUAAGUAUGAAGCAGGCAAUCACAUUUCUUCAAGAUUUCAAACUUGGUCAUUACAUGAAAAUUCCUCCCAAAGAAAUGUUCACUGCACAGGUCGUUGGAUCGGUGAUAUCGGCAGUGACACAUUUGGGAACAGCCUGGUGGCUUAUGGCAACAAUCCCCAACAUAUGCGACAGAGCAAUGCUUCCAGUAGGCAGUCCAUGGACAUGUCCCGGUGACCACGUAUUCUAUGACGCCUCGGUCAUAUGGGGCCUCAUUGGACCUCGGAGGAUCUUUGGGGAUCAAGGAAAAUAUGGAUCACUAAACUGGUUUUUCUUAGCCGGAGCAGUGUCUCCAUUCUUGGUUUGGCUGGCACACAAGGCCUUCCCAGACAAGUAUUGGAUCCGGCUGAUCACCAUGCCGGUGCUCCUUGGCGCGGUGGUGAAUAUGCCUCCAGCCACCGCAGUUAACUACACAAGCUGGAUUGUAAUAGGAUUUGCUUCUGGGUUUGUUGCUUACAGGCAUUACCGUGGGUGGUGGAGCCGCCAUAACUAUUUGCUAUCCGGAGCUUUGGAUGCUGGAUUGGCGUUCAUGGGUGUGUUUCUGUAUAUAUGUUUAGGAAUGCAACAUGUAUCUCUUCAGUGGUGGGGUGGGGAUUCAGAUGCAUGUCCUUUGGCUUCUUGUCCUACUGCCCCAGGGGUUGUCGUCAAAGGUUGUCCUGUCCAUUAGUUGCUGCGCUGUUGCUAUUAUACAGUGAGUUUGAAUGGAGUAUGUAGGUACGUCCAAUGUUGGUAUUUUUCUUUUAUCAUUGUAUUUAUCAUUGUAUGAGUGAGAAAAAGGAAGAACAUGUUGGAUUGGUCUUGGAGUUUGGCAGUAAAAACAGAUUAAGAGGCAAAGCAAAAAGCUGGAGUUCCCACUGGAAGGCCUCUCCAAUUCUCCUCCUGAUCUCUUAUCUUCAUUCAAAAAGGAAAAGAAAGAAAGGUUCCUUUCCAUCUUUGCUUUAGUUUUUAUGCUUUUUUUUUUUCCCCCUCUGCAGCUUCUUCCUCACAACAACUUGUUCAGGAAUCCUUCCUUCUUUUUACUCCCUUUUAACCCUCCAAUCCCUUAAUUCCUCUGUCUUUCUCUUGAAACAAAUCGUAUCAAUUUGUGAUGAAUAUUGAAUAUUACGUUUGAAAUGAUUAGGGUUUCGUUUGAUAAUUA